AUGAAAAGCGAUUUCAUGAUGGCGUUGAAUCAACUGUCCGCCGAACGGGGCCUGCGCAAAGAGCUGGUCUUGGACAAGGUGGAGGUCGCGCUGGCCACCGCAUUUCGCCGCGACCGGGUGGCUGGCGCCCAAAACCUGACCGUCAAGCUUAAUCCGAACACGGGAGACAUCAGCAUUUUCCCCCUUAGGAGCGUCGUCGAAGAAAUCGAGGACCCGGAGACCCAGAUCGCCCUCUCCGACGCAUUGCGGAUCCAGCCUUGGGCCGAGAUCGGCAGCGAGAUUUCCGAGGACGAGGAAGUCGCCUACGACACCAGCCGCAUCUCCGCUCAAACCGCUCGCCAGGUGCUCAUGCAGGGCCUGCGUGAGGCCGAGCGCGAAAAGAUAUUUGAAGAAUACUCCGCCUACCAGGGUGAGAUCAUCAGUGGCAGCGUGGAGAGCAUCGAGAAGGGCCCCACCGUAUUCGUCAACCUCAACCCGCAUCAGGCCCAGAGCGCGAACCGCGCCCGGGGCGUAAUGCGUCCGGACAACCAGGUGGGCAGUGAACGGUACCGCAAAAACCAGUCAUUGAAGGUCCUCCUCGUCGAGGUACAGCAAACCACCCGGGGCCCGGAGGUUGUGGUCAGCCGCGCCCAUCGCGACCUGCUCCGCCGGCUGAUGGAAUCGGAAGUCCCCGAGAUCGGCAACGGCACCGUCGAAAUCCGCGCCAUUGCCCGCGACCCUGGUAUUCGCAGCAAGGUCGCCGUGUCCUCCCAUCAGGACGGGGUGGAUCCUGUGGGUUCCUGCAUUGGCCUGCGGGGCAAUCGCAUUCAGAGCGUGGUCAACGAGUUGCAGGGCGAAAAGAUUGACGUGAUCGAGUGGGACCCCAACCCCCGCGUACUGAUCGGCCGCGCCCUCAGUCCCGCGGACGUUGGAGGCGUCGAACUUGACGCCGACGAGAACACCGCCUACGUGGUGGUACCCGAGAGCCAGAUGUCGUUGGCCAUUGGUCGAGACGGCCAAAACGCCCGUUUGGCCGCGCGGCUGUCGGGGUGGCGGCUGGACAUCAAGAACAUCGAGCAAUGGGAAACCCUGCGGUCCGCCCGCGCUGCGGAGGCCGCCCGCACCGCCGCCGCCCAAGCCGAAGCCGAUGAAGCCGCUCGUAUCGCCGCUGCCGCCGCCGAGGCGUCCGCACCGGCGACUCCGGAAACGGAACCGGUCGAGUUGGCUCCCGUCGCCGAGGUGAUCGCAGAGGCGUUGGCUGACAUUCCGCCCGUUUCAGCGGCCAUCCAGGCCGAGAUCGAAAGCCUCGUUCCCGAAGAGGUGGCCGUCCAGCCUGAAUCCGAGCCGCAGCCCGCGGCAGAUCCCAUCCCCGCCCAGCCGCAGGCAAUGGUUGUUGAACCCCUUGGUGAGGUGGCCGAAGUUGCCGAGCCCGAAAUCGACGAGGACGCGUUGUUGGAUGCACUGAUCGCUCAAGAAGAAGCAGCCGCGACUCCGGAUGCGGAUGAGGCGGUCGGCCUCAGCGUUGACGCUCUGGAAAGCUUGACCAUAGACGACGUGGUUGACGAGGACGAGGAAGAAUUCGAGGAAGAAGAGGAAGAAGAACCGGAGCCUGAAAUGUCCGAUCUCCUAGCCGGGCUUCCUAACCUCGCGCCGGACGCCGGCAAGAUCAGGUUCGCGGAAGAUAUUGUUGGCGACUUCAGGGGAGGCGACCGUCGGCGUCGGCGUGGCGGCGGAGCCCGUCGCGGUGGUAAUGUACCGGGCGCCCGCGGUCCCGGACCGCGCCGUAGAUAG